ACAAAGAUGGCCGCUAGCCGUGGGCAGGGCUGUCAAAAUUGAUUAUGCAGAUUGUUGACUAGUAAAAAUUUGUUAUAAAUAACGUGGUAUAAGAUUUGAGUGAUGUAAUUAAUUUCACUAGAGUAAUUAGUUACCUCAAAUAUCACUAUUCAGGAUUAUCUGCGCGUUUGAAUAGUAAUUUCAGUGUAGGAAACGAUCUUGCGCGAAUGUUUGAGGUUAUAUGCCGCUGUUUUGAAUUCUUCUGAUCGCCCCGGUGUGGAAAAAAUGGGUCUUUUAACGGAUCCCAGAGCUGGGAAUGGAGAAGUUAUAAAAUUUGUUAUAAAAUGGGAAAAAUUGUUAUGCUUGACGCUGUACAUAACCGGCGUAAUAUGGUUCGUGUCCCUGGCGUAUCCUGAAUUCAAUGACAAUACAUAUUUUUCUGAAAAUGCUUUACUACCUGGAUUGGUUACCAAUGAAUUUAACGAAGAUGGCGGUGCCAAACGAUUUCACGAUGAGCUCCUCGCUGAGAUGAAAGAAUAUCCAAAUGACAUGCCCUACCCGUGGCUAUUAGCAAAAUUCCGUCAACUCAACUUAGAUGUUUAUACUCAUAACUUUACGCUUAAUUAUCCACUUUCUCAACAGAAGUUUACUGGACAGAAUGUUUACAGCAUAUUGAGAGCUCCACGAAGCGCCAGUACCGAAGCAAUAAUAUUAAGUGUACCAUACCGAUCUGCAAGCAGCAUUCAUCUGACCACUGCACCAUCGAUAGCUCUAUUACUUGCUUUUGCCAAAUUCUGCCGAAAACAGAAUUAUUGGGCAAAGGAUAUCAUUUUUGUUGUGACUGAGCACGAACAGUUAGGAAUGCAAGCUUGGCUGGAGGCGUAUCAUCGCUGUAGUUGUGGGCAGGAUGGGGUAUUAAUUGCAGGCGACUUGGUAGGAAGAGCUGGGUCCAUUCAAGCUGCUAUAAAUUUGGAAAUGCACUCCUUCAAAAUUGGCUCUAUUGACAUCAAGGUCGAAGGUUUAAAUGGACAACUUCCAAAUUUAGAUCUCGUUAAUCUGGCAAACAAAAUGUGUGCCAAAGAAGGAAUCCGGAGAACAUUUCAGCGCAGGGCAGACAGUAAUCCAAAAGACAAAAUACGAAAAUGGUGGUACCAAUUUGUUACCCUGAUGUCGAUGGUGUCUACGCAAGCAACUGGUGUACCGACUGGAAAUCACGGUGUUUUUCACAGGUUUGGUAUUGAAGCCAUUACAUUGGAAGGUUUUGCCAAAUCUGGGUCUGGGACGGAAUCUACUAUUUAUAACACAGGACGGGUUGUUGAAAGUCUUGUUCGUUCGCUUAAUAAUUUAUUAGAACGAUUCCAUCAAUCAUUCUUUUUUUAUCUGUUACCGUCGACAGAUAGGUAUAUUUCUAUUGGGUUAUAUAUGCCACCAUUAGCUCUGAUUAUUGCUGGGCUUUUCAUAAAAGCAUUCUCUGUGUGGCUUAAAUUACAAGAAUCUCCUGAAAAAAAAGAUGGUGACAGUGACCCAGUUAAACAGGUCAAGUCGGAAGAACUUGUACUGUCACACAUCGCUUGGGAGGUACUUUGGACUCAUAUGUUGGGGGUAGCGACAUUGUCUGCCCCACGACUGUUUACCUACAUAGGCAUAAAAUUUCAUCUAGCUACCGAAAAUUCUGUAUCCCUAGGCCUCUUAUUUCUCACAAUCCUGAUGUUUAUUGGAACGCUCUGUUUUGAAAGGCAUAAGACCUACGAAUCUGCAUCCUUACUUUAUGUGAUAGCAUUAAUAGAAUUGGCAACGAUGCUUUUAUGCAUUUCAAUGCACAACUUUUCCUUGGCGUUAGUAACUGCCGUUGUGUAUGUUCCUGCAGCCUUAACCGUCAUACCAAAGAAGGGAAACGAAUCCAGAUUCCACAAUUUACGUUGUAUACCCUGGAUACUGCUACAUCCGCUUUGUCUAGCAUGUACAGUAGUAGCGGUAUAUACGCAUUUUACAUUCCCGGACUACACAAUCAUUCCUCUUGCACUCAAAUGGAUCCAAGCAUCAAAGCAAGCGAUCGUAUUUGGCAUUAUCGAUUCCAUGGUUUAUGGAAAUUGGCUGUACAGCGUAACGGUCUGCGUUUUGCUUCCGACAUGGCUCACAUUCUGGAUAGUAGUUACUUCUAAACCAAUGUUACGAAUUUCUAAAUGAAUGUAUUACAUGAAAAGUAAAAAUCAAAACGUGCAUACGAUAGUGAAUAAAUUUAUUGAUAUAAAUAUAUUCCGUUGAAUAAAAUU